ACAAAACUAAAUAUAAAAAGAGACCGUUUUCUUGUUUAGUUAAGACUAAAAUGGCCACGGGCUCGGGAAACGUUUUGGAUAUUGCAACUAGAAGUUUUCGGGAGAAUUUGAAAUGCUCAGUAUGUCUGGAUAUAUUAAAGUCACCGAAGGCCCUCGCGUGCCUUCAUACUUUCUGCGAGGAAUGUAUUCAGUCGAAUAUAAAUGCUAACAUGAACGGACGCCAAAGAUCUAUAAUAUGUCCAGAAUGUCGACAGCAGACGACACCGCCGGAAAAUGUUGCUCCGACGGAGUGGGCUAGACAACUGCCGACGAACUGGCCAUUGAUGGGCUUUAUUGAAAGAUUGAAUAAUUAUCCAGCGAAUUCCGUCGUCCCCGAGACGGAAGGCGAAGUUGGUGGACAGAAUUCAGUGAAUGCGCGAGACCUUGAAGAAUGUGAACAGAUAGAAAAUUGCCAAAUGCAUCCUGGGAACAAGUUUAUGUUUUAUUGUCGCGAACACUCGGCAAUCCUUUGUGAAAAAUGUAAAAAUGCUGUUCAUCGAUGGGGCUGCACAGUUGUGACAUUCGAUUCGUUAGCAUUAGAUGAAGCUAUAACUAAUAAUACCACAAGAAUUGAAAACCAGUUUCGUGACAUACACCAAAAGCUAGAGAAUACCGCUGAAGCCAUGAGGAAAAAUAUCCACGCUGUAGGGGACAAGGUCGAUAAUUUUCAGUUACGUCUGCUACAACUUCGAAAUAAAGUUGAUUUAUUACUUAAUGAAAUGCAGCUGGAACUGUCUAGUACCGAAUUUCGAGAUCAAAAUAAAACAAGGUUUACACAAUAUCAAAACAGCACAAUUACAGAAUGCGACAGCUUGAGAGAGGCCAUGAAAUUCAGCAGGUCGGAAAUGGAUGUAAUUAAAAGGUAUGGAACGCCAGCACAGCGUUUUAUAGCCACCGAGCAGCUGCGCAGACUUAUGCCAAUGUUUGAGAGGGCGGCAGACGACAGUGCCAAAUCUGCUAAGCUCACGGAAAUAAGACGUGAGGGUAUUGAAAUUUUGAGCAGUAUAUUACGUAUGCAAAAGAAUAUGAAAAAUGUGGAAGGUAUAACAGUAAAAGUUGUUAACUGAAUUAAAUAAGACAAUAAUUAUGCGGGUAUUACAUAUAAAAGAAUAAGAAAAAAGUGGUGUAAAGUAAAACUCAUUGAACGAUUGUUUUAGUAGCAGUCGCGAACCGAAAACAACAAUGUUACCCAGUGCAGUUCAUGUACAACGUUAUCUUAAGCAAAUAACUUGACGAUUAUGUCUAGUCUAAUGUAUCAAAAAAUAACUAUACAAGUCUGAUAAAAUCUGUUGAAGUAAUGUAGCGCCCGGGAGGCAAUCGCGGCAGAUAACCCAUGUCAAAGUGUACAAUUUCGAAAAUAGCAGUAUUCAAGUCAUCAUACACUACAUUCGUAACAUUGUAAAAAAAAUGAUUCGUACAAGAAGAUCUACCUAAGAAUGACGGACUUGAUCUUAUAUGGUUCCUCCUAGACCAUAUACAUGACAUCCUGCAUUGAAGCAUGUCAUGUCAUUUCAUCUAAAUGUUAUUGCAAAAGUGCUUGAGGUUCGUGCCUGAAAAUGACCAUGAUAGUGUGCUACAGCUUAUGGAAUGUAAAAAGAGUUAUGUGACGCAUACUUUCAAGAAAUUAUAUAGAGAUAGACCCUAAAAUUUUCAAUGAUAGAAAUACAUUAAAUAAAGUCUAGACAUUGAUUUCAAAGUACUUAAAAUAAUCAGAAGUGAUUUUACAAAUGUGAAAUUUAUGAUAGCUUUGUUUGUAUCAAUACAUUUGUAACAGAAGUUUUAAUGUUUAAUUUAAAGCAAUGAAAAUGAAAAUAA